GAGAGCCAUGGCACUCCAACGACCCUUAUUUUCUCCACUCUUGUUCCUUUGCUUCCAUCUGCUGGCUGCAUUACACACAACCUCCGAUGCAGCCUUGAGCUCACACCUGCCUCAAGCCAUGGACUGUUCAACGUCCGGCAACUACACCUCUAACAGUGCCUACCCUGCCAACCUGAACCAAUUCCUUGCUUCUCUCCCAGAGAAGACUAUCUUCAAGAACGGUGGUUUCAUCAACGACACGGUCGGGGAGGGCUCGGGCACCGUUUACAGGCUGGCAAUGUGCUCCGCUGACUACUCGCGCUCUGACUGCGGUGACUGCCUCGCGGCCGCUGCUAGAAGCAACGCUAACGGUCUGCCGAACCGCUGCCCCGGGAGCACCACCGUGCUCGCCUGGUUCGACCCGUGCCUCGUCCGCUACUCCGACACCAACUUCUUUGGCAAAGCUGAAAUAGGUGAAAUCUACGCGCUGAAUGGUCCAAGAGCCAUCUGGGAGCCGAUGCGGUACCGUGAUGACGUAGUCAGAAACUUGAACGAGUCGAUAGGGGCCGCAGUGGCCUCGUCGCAGCGAUUCGCGGCAUCGUCGACGGAUCCAUACACGUUGGUUCAGUGCACGUGGGACCUGCCGCCGGACCAGUGCAAGCAGUGCCUGGACGUGCUGACGGCCAAUGCGUCGAAGGACUGGACUUCCAUGGCAGUAGAUGGUAAGCGUAGGAGCUAUAGCUGUUCUGUUAGGUACGGCAACACCAGCUUCGUGGUUGUGCCGUUCGGCGGUGCUCCUACCUCGCAGUCCGUAGACCAAGCAAGCAGACCAGCUACUCAGUCCAGCGGCCCCAGCAAAGGUUCUUGGACAGCUGGCGUGGUGGGAUCUGUAGUUGGUCUAAUUCUCUUGGCUUGUUUAGCAGCUCUGGUGGUCAAGCUAAAGAGCAAGCAUGAAACAGGGCAUGUUCGAGAGUUCACUUACCGGGAAUUGGCGACUGCAACACUUACCUUCAAGGACACAAGAAAGCUUGGACAGGGUGCAUUUGGCAUUGUCUAUAAAGGUGCAGUGAUGAUAGAAGGCACACAAGUGGAGGUGGCUAUAAAAAAGAAUACAAGUGAUGUGUCAGAUGAAACGAGGAAGGCCUUUAAGAACGAGGUUGAAAUUAUGAGCCCGCUGAACCAUCGCAACAUUAUACAUCUUGUGGGUUGGUGCAACGAAAAGAACAACCUCUUGCUUGUCUACGAACUAGUGGAGAAUCGCAACCUUGAAGCUCGGCUUUACAACCAUGGUGGUACAGAUUUAGUUCUUGAUUGGCGCCAAAGGUACAACAUAUUGGUUGGAAUAGCCUCGGGUCUUGAAUAUCUCCAUAAUAAUUGUUCAAGAACCGUCCUCCACAGGGACAUCAAGCCAGCUAAUGUGAUGCUGGAUAUGGACUUCACUGCUAAACUGUGUGACUUCGGUUUGGUGACACAACUUACACGUGCCGCAACCUCACGCUCAACAAAUAACAUUAUUGGAACACUAGGCUACAUGGACCCAUUAUACCAGCAGAACGGCCAGGUUACUAAAGAAUCUGAUGUCUACAGCUUCGGUGUGCUGUUGCUUGAGGUACUAUGUGGCGUGGCGCCGAUCCUGAUUGGCAAUCCCUUGAAAAACAGCCUCAUCGAGAAUGUCCGGGAAUGUCGUGGGAGAAAUGCAAUUCUCGAUGCAGCUCACCAACGGCUGAGGGGCGAGUAUGAUGAGGAAAUUAAAGGAGCGUUGUUGAUCGGGCUCCACUGUGUCGAAACAAGACGUGGUGACCGCCCAACUAUCAGAAUUGUGUUGUCCAAUUUAGUCAGCUUGACCGCAUCACAUGUUGUGAUGUCUUGACAAAUGCAGGUGAAGAUACACGAAGGGGCAGCCCUCCUGCAAUGGAGCACUAUAUAGUAUGUACAAUGACGAAGUUUGUUAGGUAUUGUAAACCAUAUGAUAUAUAUGCGUGCGAUCUUCUUGCUCAACAAUUUGAUUGACCCAAUAUUGGGUGUGCGUUC